AUGUCAGCCGCCCUCGUCGAUGAAAACGGCGAGACAGCCACGCCCCCGCCCCCGUCCCCGGAGACGGUGAUCUUGAAGCUUGGUCAGUUCAGUAAUAAAGGGAGUCGCUGUCGCAGGCAGCAGAUUUGCCACAUGUGCCCACAGCAGACUUGCCAGUGCCACAUGUGCUUGUUGAGGAUCAAUGAGGCCGUCACCUUUCUGAAAAGGACGAGACAGUGGGUGCCGUCAGGGAAGAGCUUGGUGGCAGGUGUGGAGUCCUUCCCCAAGAACUGGACAGGAGCAAUGGUGGCCAAUUUUUCCGGGUGUUUGGCCGACCUCGAUCUCGUCCACGGAGAGUUGCCGCCGGUUCCGGUUCUGAUGGACGCCAAAGAUUACUGGUGGAGCAAGAGCCGCGUCCUCGCCAGCGGACCCUUGAUAGCCUCCACCUUUGCCACGGAGGUUUCCACAAAAGGCACCCUCGUCCUCGCAGAGGACAGUCACAAGAUUCUGUCUUUCGUCCUCGCAUGGAAGGAGGCGGUCGAGUGGCUCCGAGUGCUCUUCGAGCUGGCUGGGAUGGUUCACAUUGUCGUGACCCGACUGUUUGGCGGCGAGAAGACGAUCAUUCGGAUUAUCCAGUCGGGGGAGGACAUCCAGAAGAAAUGCCUCGAGCAGGGCAACCACCUGCCGUUCAACUAUGCAACAAGACUCGCAACACUCAAG